AGCAGUAGAAUCGCAAUACUACGUGACUUUACAGCAAAGUACUCAAAAAUGGGUUUUGUUUACAGAAACUCCAUUGGUUGUAUCCUAUGGUACAACUUCCUAUUUCCUUUCCAAAAAUAAUCAUCUUUCAAAUCCCCUAAAUUUCUAGGGUUAAUUUAGUACUCAACUAAAACUUUCCAUUUCCUCAUCCUUCCCUCUCUCAUUUAAAGAACCACUCCUCCUUACACCAUAUAUUGUUUUUCCUCUUCAAAGUUUCAAUCUUUUUUGGUAGGGUUUGGAAUUCUGUGGAGAUCCAAGUUUUAAUUUUUGUUAGUAUUAGUUUUUUGCUUUGCAAAAUUUAGUCUUUUUGGUAAUUUGAGUUGUGGCUGAAUUGUGGGGGUUUUUUUUUUGAAGCAAUGAUUUUUCAUUAAUGUCAAUAUGUGAAUUCAGUUUUCAAGUGUAUAAGCCGGUAGGGGAAUGGAAUUGGGCUAAUGGUGAAGUGGGUUGUGAUUUAGGUGCUUAAUAUUUGAGAGGGUUGUCUUUUUGGUGAAAGUUUCUGCUCUUUACGUGGGGAAAAUUAUUCAAACAAUCGGAGGAAGUGGAUGAUGUACCAUUCUUCUGGUAUGGAUUACUCGCGGGAACCUGGCAUGCCCACGAGGUUUGUGUGGCCUUAUGGUGGGAGAAGUGUGUAUAUCUGUGGUUCAUUUACUGGGUGGGAACAACAUCCGAUGACUCCAGUGGAGGGAUGCCCAACGGUCUUUCAGACAGUUUGCAACUUACCUCCGGGCUUCCACCAGUACAAGUUUGUCGUUGAUGGUGAAUGGCGGCAUGAUGAGCACCAGCCACACGUCUCCAGUAACUAUGGGACUGUCAACACUGUCCUUUUAGCAAGGGAAUCUGACUACCUGCCGCCAAUGCUUAAUCCUCAAUUUCCUGCUGGUUCUAAUAUGGAUGUUGAUAAUGAGGCCUUUCAGCGUCUGGUCAAAGUUUCAGAUAUUGGGUUAUCAGAAGCAGACUUAGAGAUCUCUCGCCACCACAUUUCUGUAUUCUUGUCUACACAUACAGCUUAUGAGUUGCUUCCUCGGUCAGGAAAGGUUAUUGCUUUAGAUGUUGACUUACCUGUGAAGCAGGCUUUUCACAUUCUUCACGAGCAGGGAAUUCCUAUGGCUCCUCUGUGGGAUUUCUGCAAGGGGCAGUUUGUUGGAGUUCUGAGUGCACUGGAUUUCAUCUUGAUUAUGAAGGAGCUCAGAAAUCAUGGGUCCAAUCUGACAGAGGAAGAGCUUGACUUACACAGUAUAUCUGCUUGGAAGGAAGCUAAGUCAUUUAUGAAUAGACAAAUCAAUGAUGGUGGAAGAACAGGUCCCAGGCAACUUGUCCAUGCUGGGCCAGAUGACAAUUUGAAAGAUGUUGCCUUGAAGAUUCUACAAAAUGGGGUGGCUACAGUUCCUAUAAUUCAUUCCAGCACUGAGGAGGGAUCAUACCCACAGCUAUUGCAUCUUGCUUCACUUUCUGAUAUACUUCAAAGCAUUUGCAGAUAUUUCAGAUAUUCUUUAGGCUUAUUGCAUAUCCACGCCUCUGUACUUUUGUACUCAAGCAUGUUGUCUGUUUCCUUUGCAGCUCAAGUUAGUUCAAUUCCUAUUGUUGAUGACAAUGACUCCUUACUGGAUGUGUAUUCUCGAAGCGAUAUUACUGCAUUGGCCAAGGACAAAUCUUAUACAAAUAUUAAUCUUGAGGAGACGACUGUUCAUCGGGCCUUGCAGCUAGGUGAAGAACCGUAUUCCCCAUAUGGGAUCAGCCAGCAAAGAUGUCACAUGUGUUUGCCAACUGAUCCGCUACACAAGAUCAUGGAGAGAUUGUCCAAACCAGGGGUGAGACGGCUUGUCAUAGUGGAAGCUGGAAGCAAGCGGGUGGAAGGUAUUGUAACAUUAAGUGAUAUUUUCAGGUUCCUGCUUGGGUAGUAGACAAAAAGGCAUCAGAUUGGGCGACGGCUUUUACAAUCCGGUGGCUUUUAGUCUGUUUUUGCUGACACCAUUUCUGCACCAGCAAGGAGAAAUCUUCUCUAUGGUGAUUUUAUUUCAAUUCUUUCAUACAUACAAUUGGAAUGGCCUGACAUUUCAUGGCCUGGGUUUUAGGGUAGUAGGCUCAAAAAUGUGGCUCCAUAUUGUCGCAGUUGGGUUGUUCCAUAAACUGCUAGCUCCCCUUUACAAAGUAUUGUCCCCUAAGUUAUGCGGCUAGGAUGCUAGAGUUUUGUUGAAAGCAUGGACCUGCAGUUUUCUGCUGCAGGUGACAGGAAAGUUGGGAAAUAAAGUGUUAUGAUCAUUAAUGUCAUUUUAGCAUC